AGGCAGCUCAAGGCUAGCUACAGUCGGAAUAAAAAUGCCGUCGUCUGUACUCAACAUUGCGCUGGUCUCGUUUAUACAGUUUUUUAUAGCGUCACAUUUCGUGGAGGUGUCAGCGGAUGGCAAUGGACGAGGAUUUGGGGAUCACAUUCAUUGGCGGAGCCUUGAAGAUGGAAAGAAGGAGGCUGAAGCAAGUGGGCUUCCUCUGAUGGUCAUUGUUCACAAGACUUGGUGUGGAGCCUGCAAAGCACUAAAGCCCAAGUUUGCUGAAUCCAAGGACAUAUCUGAGCUGGCUCACAACUUUGUCAUGAUAAACUUGGAGGAUGAAGAGGAGCCCAAGGAUGAAGCCUUCAGUCCAGAUGGCGGUUACAUUCCCAGAAUUCUCUUCCUUGAUCCCACCGGGAAGGUCCACUCAGAGAUCACAAACAAGAAUGGGAAUCCCAACUACAAGUACUUUUACAGCAACGCAGAUCAAGUUGUGGCGAGCAUGAAGGAGGCCCAAGAAAAGCUGACUGGAGAUGCCUUCAGAACCGCUCAUGUUGGAGAUGAACUGUAAGAAGAAUGGGAAGAUCAGCCAGAACAAUGCAUCACUCCGAUGGGCAUCCACCCAAUCCUCAACCAGCUCCUGUCAUUUCAUUUGAUCUGCUAUUGCACAAGACAAGCUUCAAAAAUGAAGUUAUAAUGCAUCUACCGACUACAUUUGAAGGAUUCGCGGCUUGCAUUAGAUUGGCUUCUUACUUUGAGAACCAAAGCUUACUCUCCAUGCACAUAAUGGGUGCUAAAAUGUGUUUUUUUGGUCUUAAUUUCAUAUCCAUAUUGAAUAUUUGUGUUAAACUGUCACUGUGUUCUUGAGGCACAUUUUGUCCGACUAGGAAACCCUUUCCAAUUCUCAUGUGCUUCCAAGCCAUAUCUUGCAAGCUGUGUAAAAUGGAUUGUUACCCGAAGUUUUAUAAUAUCUGUACCACCUAAAAAUUAUCGUUUUUUCUGCAGGUUCUUAUAAAUUGUUUAAAAUUGCCAAGUUUUUGUUCUCAAUUGAUGCAGUUGCCUUUGGUUUUAAAAGACAGAUUUUUACUAUUGACAGUACCCAUGAAUUACACGAACACUUAUAUAGGCUUAUUUUACAAUUCUCCUAGAGUUAAACAGUUACGUUUUACCUUUUUUGUUUAAGUGAAGUUUUACAAACUAAUUUCGAGAGGAGCAUGUGAUAGGGAUCAGCUGUAGUCAAUCCUAUCACUAAUCACUUACUAACCAAUCAGAUCAUUACAAAUUUAAUAUAAAUAUUCAGCCUAUACUUCAUUCCUCAUCUUUGUUUUGGAAACAACCAUCCCCCUUCCCUUCUCCUCUAUUGUAAGUUCGGGUGACAUGGUGGCUCAGGGGCUAACACUGAUGCCCAACAGCAAGGGAGUCGCUGGAUUAAACACUAGCUGAGCCAGUCGACACUCACUGUUUGGAGUUUGCAUGUUCUCCCUGUGUUUGCGUGGGUUUUCCCCGGGUACUCCGGUUUCCUCUCACAUUUAAAAAACAUGCAACAAAAGUUAGGUGCAAGCACCUACUACGUACAAACUGGCACAGUUAGUGGUCUACUCUUGGGAAGUUAUCAACAACUACCCGACCUCGUAUCCCUUCUAAUGCUUAUUGAACAGACGGGAGCCUUGGGCUCGUCUAUCUCCAAGCUCAGGGUUCUCUCCAAGGACAGCAUGCCAAACCUGCUAAAAUAGUCAAGCAUUAUCGAAGUAUGAACUCUUGAAACCACUUUUAGCUUAGCAUAAUCAUUAAAUCGGAGUAGACCAUUAGCAUCUUGCUCAAAAAUGACCAGAGUUUGGCUACUUGUCUUAUUUAAAGCUCUACUUUUGUAGUGUACAAUUUUAUGUUAUUGCCAUUUUCUAGACCGAUGUCUAUUUUCAUACUAGCGUAAUAAUCAAGAAACUUUGCCAUAGUACCAUUGGCUGUAGCAGGAGCAAUAACAUUACGCAGUGCUCAAAAAUAGUACACAGAUAGGUGACCAGAGAUCGGUUGAAUUGGUUAAAUAUAAUGAACUUCAACUGUUUACCUCUGGGGGAGUGGUAAAAUUAGCCUAUUUUCAAAAAAGUGUAGUGUUUCUUUAUGGCCUGUUAUGUAAAUUGGGACUAUUAUUACAUUUUUUUUUUUUUUUUUUUUUGCAAAUUGUGAGGGAAUUGCCUUUGCCAUACUGUAUUUUCUUAACAUGUAAAAUAAGGCUACAAAUAAAGUUGAUAUAAAAUGUUG